AUGCGGUCUGAACGUCGGACGGAGGAGGCGGUGGCGGCGGUGCUGUGGAGCCGCGAUCCCGGCCUGGAGGCGGCGGCGGCGGCGGCGGCGGCGGUGGCGGAGCCGGGGGCGGCCGACUGCGAGGGGCGGCGCUCGCUGCGCUGCCGGAGGCGGGCCGCCCCCGCGCCCCCGCCAGACCUCGACCUGGAGCAGCUCACAGACUCCUCCUCGUCGCUCCGUGAGGUGAUCCCGCACGUGAAGAAGGAGCGCCGCCUGUCCAAGAUAGAGACGCUGACGCUGGCCAAGAACUACGUGAUGGCGCUCACCAACAUCAUCUGCGAGAUGCGCGGCGAGGCGUCGCCUUACGCGGCGGCGCUGCUGCCACCCUCGACCCCGUCGACGGCGUCCGCCCUGCCAGUGGAAGCCUUCGGCGUCGGCGUCGGCGUCGGCGUCGGCGUCGGCGUCGGCCUCGUCGUCAAGGAUGAGGCUGCCGGAGUCACGGCCACCCCCGACGCCACUAUGUGCGACGAAGACGCCGUGGCGCUCAACAGCUUCGACGACACCGACGGCAGUUUCUACGACGACCUGAGUCGAUUCGUCGACUGA